CGCACACACACACACUCACACAGACACACACACACACACACACACAUGCUCUCUCUUUCCGUCCGUCUUUCCUUCGACCUCUCACUCAGUCAUAAUGGAGCCCAGCAGUCCAAAAAAGAUCCAGUUUGCUGUUCCUCCGCUGCAGGGACAACUGGACCCGCAGGCCGCCGAACACAUCCGUCGCAGGAGACCAACUCCAGCCACUCUGCAGAUCUAUAGACAACCUGGAACAGAUGUCGGAGAUCAAAACAACGCCAGCGGAGAGACGCAGGCUUCAGAGACCUCUCAGAGGAAGCAGAGCACCUUCGCCCCACCCACCAUGAAAGGGAAGCUGAAAAGUUCUGUACCCGAGGAAGACGAGGAGGAAGCCAGCCUUCAGGACCAGUGAUUCAUUAAGGAAAUCUCCACACAAAAGUGGAGGCCGAUCUUCGAUGAUCUGGACGAACCGACGGACACCGGCGUCCAUCGGGAGAGCGGCCCUUACGAAAUCAGUUAAUGGACACGUCCGUUAACGUCUAGUUAGAUUAUGUGAAAGAAACGAGCCAAACGAGCACCUUCACUUCCACAGGACUCCUUUAAUGUCUGAACCCGCGUAGCACACCAACCAAUUAACCUUUGUUUGCCCUGUUUUUAGUUUAUGAGAAUGGUGGAAGCAUAAUUUCCCCUCUCACCAAAGCAAGACAAUCACUCACCGCCAUCACAAAAGCGAUCCUGAAACAGCCGACAUUUUAGCAAUUUUGGCGGGAGUAACUCGAGUGCCCUUCGCCAAAACACUGAAUCUGAAAGUUUCACUAAUUGGUCUGCUUGGUACUACAGCUCAGCCAGGAUAGCGAGCUGACAGUAGUUAACCCUGCAUACUAGCUAGCUUGUUAACUUACACCAGGAACCGCUAGCCAGCAGUAGUUAACCCUGCAUGCUAGCUAGCUUGUUAACUUACACCAGGAACCGCUAGCCAGCAGUAGUUAACCCUGCAUGCUAGCUAGCUUGUUAACUUACACCAGGACCCGCUAGCCAGCAGUAGUUAACCCCGCAUUCUAGCUAGCUUGUUAACUUAAACGAGGAACCGCUAGCUAGCAGUAGUUAACCACACAUGCUAACUAAUUAACGCUAUUUCCUUGUAAAAUUAAGUGUCAGUCUACUCUAAAUUUAAAAAAAGAUAAAACGCUAAUGUGUUUCAUUUUUUUAAUUUGGUGAUUGCUAGCUUGCAGGCUAAUUACGUAAAUAUCAUUAGUUUGUAACGGGUUUCAGAUCCAGGAUCGACACGGGAUGAUUAAUGGGAGUCAACAGCAUAUUUUCACCAGGAAUUUAAACGCAAUUAACGCAAUGGCUAACACCUCAAAUAUACCUAUGGAAGUAAUGCAAUAAAAACCAUACUUGUUUAGCUUUUGAGGCUAUUUUUGAGGCACUAUCGUGAAAAGCAGACAAUGCAAUUAAACAUGAAUAAUGCCAGCACUCAUUGGGCUCAUUAUGAAUCACACCUGUGACUUUGAUCAAAAUAUCUGUCCUUUGUUGAAAGUUUGUUAUAUUGAUUUUAAAUGUGUUCUUGUUACAGUUUACAGUUAAACAGAAUAGGUUUUGACUUAUUUUUAAAUACAUGCUAAUUUGGGGAAAUCAGAUUACUUCAAUACUUUGCUUGAAUAGAUGAACAUUUUUCUUCAUCUUUUGUAUAUGCAGUAUCUUAUCAUGUUCGUCACAGUAACAGCAAUAAAACGUAAGCACUCCUCUCUGUCCUUCAA